AUGAAUAAUAACAAAGCAAUCUUCAUUCUUCUCCUAUCUCUAGUCCUCCUCCCUCUCUACGCAUUUGCUGCAGCGCGUACCGACGGCUAUAGGCCCAUCAAAAACAUCAAGGACCCUCAUGUCACAGAAAUCGGUGAAUUUGCCGUCUCUGAAUACGUCAAGAAGACGAAAUCAGAACUCAAAUUUGUGACAGUUGUUAGCGGUGAAUAUCAGGUAGUCGCUGGCAUGAAUUACAAGCUUGUGAUAAAAGCGAAUCAUACCGGUGAGAGCAACAAUUACGAAGCGAUUAUCUGGGAGAAACCAUGGCUGAAAUUUAUGAAUCUUACUUCGUUCAAACCACUUGAAAAGUAA